AUGACUGUGAUCCGGAGCACGCCGAUUGUCUGGUCGAUGGCCCUAGAUAUCGGUUGUCACGAGGGUUGGAAUGAUACUUCACUGGAUAUUGGCAAAGCAGAGGGGCGACGAUGCGAGCUGCUGGCACUACUCAAAGCCGAUGGGUGCAUACCAUUCCUCGGUAUUUGUUUGCUGUGGUGGUUUCUUCUGCUUGGCAUUAUUCUCUUCCUGAUACUGCCGUUACUCUGCUUCGUCAGCUACAUCCUCCUAAAGUGGUGUCUAGGGACGAGAGUUGCUAACGUUGUCGAUGAGCAGGUUGGUUUGCUUGCCACUUGUUAUUCAUUUGUUAAUUUUUCAUACUAA